ACCGGAAGCUGUGUGGUUUGUUUUCUCUGACUUGUUAGCUCGUGUGACCUGCUGUGUCCUCCAGUAGUCGAGAUUUGACAGCCAGUCGUCUAAGGACAAGAACACCAAAAUCAUGGUUUUCGAGGAGAAGAUGAUCAUGAACGGAGAGCCCGAGGAUGAGGAAGAAGAGGAGGAGGAGGAGGAAGAAAUGGUGGAUCCUCUUGAAGUUGUGCGACAGAAGUGUGCUGAGACGGAGCACUGCAUCCACACCCAGGAGCGUCUGGAGCAGUGCGAGACCAGAGUUGGCUCUCGGUCUUCAACGGAGGAGGAUUGCACCGAGGAACUGUUUGACUUCCUACAUGCUCGGGACCACUGUGUGGCACACAAGCUGUUCCAUUCUGUCAAAUGAAAUCCCUCCGGGUUGUUGCACCGCUGACUGACUCAUUCUUCAAAUAUUGCAUUGUGAGGAGAACAUGGUUUUAAAUACAUCCAUAUGUGGAUCUGCUGUAUGUUUUAACUUGUAUGUAUAGUAUACUGUAUCUGCUUAUGUGAAGAAACCUAAAUAUUUAACGAGGUACUCUGAGUCAACAUUUCAUUAAAGUGGAUGGCUUGAAAACCUUA